UCGUGUUGAAAUAAUAACAUCUUAACCAGUUUGAUCCAUUACCGAAUGCAUAAAUUGCUUCCAAAGCAUGUCGACUUUAAAGAAACAACGUAUUUAAAUCAUUCACUCCCACUCACUCUUGAGUUACUUAAGAUAUGAGUGACGCCUCUCGCCCUGGCUGCCCCCUCCCCUUUAUUUGGGCUCUCAGCGUGGAUGCAAAUCCCGCUGCCGUGCGGUCACGUGGCUGACAGUGGUUCCGGUUCCGAUCGCGCUCCUCUCUGUCAUCAAACAAAGCCCGCGCGCGUCUUCGUCAUCAUGGCUCAGUGCAUCGUGCGAGGCUGCAUAAACAAAAGCACUAAUAAAAACGUGUCUUCCAGUCGACCUCGCAAGCGGUUUUUUAGCUUUCCGAGUGACCCGGGUCGUGUGAAGAUAUGGUUGGCCGCUCUGAGGGAACCUUAUCGGGUGCCUUCCGACCAUCAUCGUAUCUGUGAGGACCAUUUUCUUAAAACUCACAUUACGCGCUAUGGGAUCACGAAAGAUGCCAUCCCCAUUACGCCUUAUUUGGACGAACCGCCAGCGGGUGACUCGGUUGAGCCCAUCGAGCUAUCGGAAGAGGACGGUGAAGGUGAAGAUUAUGUCGAAGAGGAGGAGGACGACGAAGACGACGACGAUGAUGAAGAAGAAACGGAAAUUGAAGAUCUGAAGGAAAGGACUAAUGGCAAAAGUAGAGAGUGUUCAGAACUACAGUCUCCUCCGUGGAAAAUUGACAGUCUCUUUCCUGUUGGAUCUGCCAAUCUGGUAACAAGCAUUCCAGUCACAAACGAAGAAUGUAGUCCAAACAGCAAGAUUCACAGUAAAAGGAAAGGCACUAGGAAAAGAACAGAUGUGUCACUAGUGCAGUUAACAAAAAGGUUUAUGGAGUUGAUCCAGGUUGCUCCAGAGGGCAUUCUUGAUUUAAAUAAUGCAGCUCGAACAUUAGGAGUACGGAAGAGAAGAGUAUAUGAUAUUACAAAUGUCCUUGAUGGAAUUGAACUUGUUAAGAAGAGGAGUAAAAACCAUAUUCAGUGGAUAGGAACCAAUUUAGAUUCACCUGCACAGUAUGACACUAAAAGAAAGUGCUUAAAAAAUGAACUGCUUAAUUUAUCUACAAUGGAAGAAGCACUAGAUGAGCUGAUCAAAGUCUGUUCACAUCAAUUAUUUGAAUUAACAGACAACAAAGAAAAUGCUAAUUCAGCAUAUGUCACUAGUCAGGAUAUUCACAAUAUUGAAGCCUUUAAAGAUCAAGUGGUAAUUGCUGUCAAAGCACCUGAAGAAACAAAAUUGGAAGUUCCCAGGCCAAAAGAGGACAGCAUUCAGGUUAACAUUAAAAGCACCAAAGGUCCUGUGAAUGUAUUUCUUUGUCAUUCAAAUGAAACAAUCAAAUUUCAAAAGCAAGGACAAUGUAAAAAAGCAUCAUGGCUAUUUUCGUCAAUAGAGAAGAGUUUUCUUCAGUCUGAUAAAGAUAUGAAGAGAGUUUGCAUUGGAAAUAUUGAGUGAUUUUUUUUUUUCUUUUUGCUUUGCUGGGUAUUUUUGUUUUUUCCCCAACUUUCUCCAAUUUGGAGAGACGGGGGGCACUUUGCUCAUUUGUGCCCAUUUGUGAACCGUAUGGAUUGAAACUCCUUUUAACGAAGACUGACUUUUGAGCCGUGGUGAUACUUGCACUAAGACAGUUAACUUGAAGUACAUUCUUCCUCAGAUGAGCGGCAAUGCAGCUGAGAUUAUUUUUCCUUCAACUAUUCUUUAUAUCUGAAAGGUUUGGAAAGAAGCCCCUGAACCUUUGGUCUGUUUGAUUCAUUUGUUAUUCUUUUUUGGAGAGAAAUUUUUCAAACCUGAUAAUGUUCAUUAUAUGAAAAAAUGAUGCAAUAAAUGACACUGCUA